UGCAGGGGAACACCAGAUUUGAGAAUCUGACUCCAACUUUGGGCUGAGCAAACUGUUGGUCCCACUCCACGUCUGUGCAUCUGGGAUGGCUACUGGUAACAAGUCUCUUCUUUGGUUGCUGCUCUUGAGCAGCUCAUCGUUGUGUUUUGGUUCUGAACUUGAUAUCCAGUGCCUGAAGUCUGUUCAACAAUCAGUGAUUGAUCCCAGUGGCGUACUCAAGUCGUCAUGGGAUUUCGCCAAUAGCACUAACAAUUUCAUUUGCCAAUUUUCCGGUGUGCGAUGCUGGUAUUCCGGUGACGGUGGGAACAUUCUUGCUAGUUUGAGUCUCAGCAACCUAGGGCUUCAAGGCCCAUUUCCUCAAGGUCUUUUGAAUUGUUCAAGCAUAACUAGCCUGGAUCUGUCCAGUAACAAUUUUUCAGGACCGAUUCCUCCCGGUAUCUCACGGCAGAUGCCAAAUCUGAUGUCUCUAGAUCUUUCGUACAAUAGCUUUUCUGGUUCAAUCCCACAAAAUAUCUCAAACAUGAAUUAUCUGUAUACCCUCAACCUUGAGCAUAACCAACUCAGCGGUCAAAUUCCACCGCAGUUCAGUCUGCUUACUCGGUUAACUACGUUCAGUGUUGCGGACAACUUGUUAUCUGGGCCUAUUCCUUCUAUGCUACAGAAGUUUUCGGCUUCCAACUUUGUUGGUAACCAAGGGCUUUACGAGGCACCGCUGGACGAGUGCUCUGCCUCCGGGAAGAGAAAGGGAUGGAUACGAAUCAGGCUGCACAGAAUCAACGACGAGUCCAGUAUCGGAGCGGCUGUCGGUUUCGUCGCGGGUUUCGUGGUGGCCUUCUACUUCCCGCACCGCUUCAUCUGCUCUGAGAGGCUCCGUUCCUACAUUGUCCGCAUAUUUAUUCACGGGGCAAAUGAGCACUUCCAGCAGCAAUAUUAAUUCUUGCAAUGCAUAUUGAAAGGAUUAGCUUUCACCUUUUUUUUGGACCGCGAUUAGCUUUCACCCGAUAACCAGGAAACGUAGUGUACAGGUGCUACUCUUGUAAUGCAUAUUUCGACUCUUCUAGAAUCAAUUAUGCAAGGCACCACUGGGCGUCAUAAUUCAUGCUCU